UUAAAGCUACACUGUCAUAUUCAUGUUUCAUUCUUCAUAGACAAGAUGUUUUGGUUCAUGAUUUUCGCUUUGUUGCAUUAUGAUUACGUUUUCCUCUGCCUGUAAACAUUGCCUGAGAGGUUGUUAAUAUUGAUCUCCUUCAUUUUAUUCAAUGUCUGCCAUGGAAAUGGCCGGCUGGAGACAAAAGGGAUUUGCUUAUAUGCUUGUAAUUAAUUAACAAUUACUUGAUCUUGACCCUCCUUUGUGCCACCUUCCCUACUUGGUCUCCUAUUGGCUUCCAUAGAUGCUUUCUCAGUGAUUCAUAUCCUUAUUACUGGUUCAUCUUUUGGAAUAAAGAAUUGUCUCCUGGUCGUGAGGAUUUAACCUUGUGUGGUUCUGGAAUACAAUGAAUGUUUUACUUCUGCUAAAUGGUCUGAAAGGUAGAGCAUUGGAAGAGCUCAGAGGCUCCCUCUACAAUGAGCUUAGAACUUCAGAAGGAGCCAAGCGCCAACAGCAACGAUUUUGUGGACCUGUGGUGGCAAUGUCCUUCAAUUUUGUGGUUGCUGUUGGGAUUAUUCUGACAAACAAAUUAGUGAUGGGGAGAGUUGGAUUCAAUUUCCCAAUCUUCCUAACCUUAAUACAUUACUCCACAGCAUGGAUCUUACUAGCAUUUUUCAAGGCAUUGGCUUUGCUUCCAGUUUCCCCUCCCUCUAAAACCGCUCCUUCUUCUUCCCUCUUCUCCUUGGGUGCUAUAAUGGCUUUUGCCUCCGGCCUCGCUAAUACCAGCCUGAAGUAUAACAGUGUUGGUUUCUACCAAAUGGCUAAAAUCGCAGUUACUCCUACCAUUGUUCUUGCAGAAUGCAUUCUCUUCAGGAAAACCAUUUCUUUCAAGAAGGUCUUGGCUCUAGCAGUGGUCUCCGCAGGUGUAGCAGUAGCCACUGUAACAGAUUUAGAGUUCAACAUUUUCGGUGCAUGUAUUGCCAUUGCUUGGAUAAUCCCAAGCGCCAUAAACAAAAUCCUCUGGUCGAACUUACAACAACAAGCCCACUGGACAGCACUUGCGCUGAUGUGGAAGACAACCCCCAUCACAAUUUUCUUCUUAGUAGCCCUGAUGCCAUGGUUGGAUCCACCAGGAGUGCUGUUGUUCGAAUGGGAUCUAAACAACUCAACUGCUGUUCUCAUCUCAGCUCUACUCGGUUUCCUCUUACAAUGGUCUGGUGCACUGGCUUUAGGAGCAACAUCUGCAACCUCUCAUGUCGUGUUGGGACAAUUCAAAACCUGUGUGAUCCUUCUCGGAGGGUAUCUGCUUUUGAAUUCGGACCCAGGGUUUGUGAGCCUUUGUGGAGCUGUUGCUGCUCUCUGUGGAAUGUCGGUUUACACAUCACUGAAUUUGAAAGAGUCGAAUGACAGUUCAAGCAAGCAGCUUCCAAUGCAGAAUCCUCCACCAAAAGCCAAAAUCAGUGACAAUGUCAGUGUCAGUGAAGACUCAACAGUAACAAAUACUAAUGUUGUGUAAAAAUGUAGAUAAAAGGAGGAGGAGGAGGAAGACAACACUACAAAGGAACGGGGGAAAGACAGCAAAACAGAAAAAGGGCAAAACAAGUCAGCAACAUAUUUCCCCACCAGACAUUACCCUAAUAAACCUGAUAUGCCUUUAAUAUUUACACUCCAAAAGGCAGGCCAGAGUUUCACCCUUCCCAGAGUUGCUCCAUGUGUUUCAACUUUGCAUCCUUGCAAGUUUAUAAACAGUUCUGUAAUUAGUGUUCCAAUUUACCCGUGCAUAUUCAGUAUUUAACAGUUA